ACAACGACCGCACUUUCUUCCAUUCCGACAUUGGCGUUAGGUAAACAAACAGUCCGCGAUCGGUUUAGGAACAGCCUGUGAACGUCGAGGUCGCUUUUCGAUAAUAAAGGACCCCCCUAAUGAGAACAGGUCCGAAUUGACGACGGCAAACCAGUUGCUUUGUUUUUUUUUUCGACAACGUUUUAACGCCAGGGAGGCAGUUCAAUCCUCUAAUUCGUGGCUCUAAGGUGGUGAUAUGACCCGUGUUCUCCUCGUAUUCUUAGUGUAUGUAAGCCUGUGCUAUGGAGGCCCACCUAAGGUCGAUACCAAAGUAAUGCUGCUGGAUUCCUACAUCCCAGCAGCCAUGCAGGUCAUAGCUCACCUCACAGAAUCCAUGAAAUAUGACCUUCAACCUCCAGCCUCCAAGCCAACAACUACUUCACGACCGUCGGAAAUCACCAAACCCACUUCUACUCACCGUCCAGGCAUCUACGCACCUGAAAUGCCACCCGGUGCUGAAAGUUACGAGAAGUUAGGAGAGCUCUACGACGAACCUAUUUCAUCGAAGACAUUCUUCACCUUGCCCAAGCUGCAGGCUUACCUCAGCGUGGAUACGGAGGAGCUACCGGAGAACCUUGAGAAUCUCAUCGGUGUUGGUCCAGCGGCGCUCGUCAAGCUUGUCAACACGGAGGAUUUGGCUUCACCGGAAGAUCCAGAUGAGGCGGUGCAGUUGUUUUCCAAGAAUUAUGAUGAUUCGGACUUUAGGGUAUACCUGGAGAAGAACAAGAAGGCGCCUCCUACCAGGGCUUACGUGACUCUACUCUCCCUCUACGACCAGCUGAGCAAGGACGCAAAGAGUCAAGGGUACAACAAGUUUCAGGGUUACCACCAUCAUGUUCUGAUCGAACUGUCGAAGACGUCAUCAGGCACUGCUGCUGACCAACUCAAAUUCAUACUGGAAAAGAUAUUGGCCAACCAGGAUACCAAACAGCCAGCGGUAAAGAAGAAGAUUUCAGCUUUGUUAGAAGAUUUGAACACAGAUAAUAGCUACAUCCAUAAGGCACUCCUGUACAUUCCUCCGCUUCAGUUUAGUAUUUAGAUUAUUGGACGCUAGAAUAAUAAAAUUAAGAACAAA